AUGAAUUUCUUUACGGCUCUUCUGCUAGCCAGCACAGCUCAUACUUAUGUUAUUGAUCGUUCUCGAGUUACCACGCGCGACUCGCAAGUAGAAGUCAAGGAAUACACAUACAAUGGAGACACCGGCCCCCUUCACUGGCAUGAUCUAGAUCCAUCGAAGAACGAAGCUUGUGCUUCCGGUCGUCAUCAGUCCCCCAUCGAUAUCAUCACGGAGGAAAUUGGCUAUGCCGCUCCUGGUACCCUUCACAUCGACAUUCCCAACACCAAUGCAUCCACUUUCGAAAACAUUGGUGCCGGUUUGGAGGUUCUAGCUCGAGGAUCCUUGACUCUGAAGAACAAACAAUAUCCUCUGAAACAGUUUAAUUUCCACACUCCUAGCGAGCAUCGCAUCAACGGGGAGUACUUUCCCAUGGAAGUGCACUUCAUCUUUCAGACUGCGAACGAAACCGCCGUCGUCGACUUCCUCUUCCAGCUUGUCGAGAACCAACCCUCCUUCGCCCCCUUCGACUCUAUAUUCAAUCAUUGCGAUGAAAUAGCCGAACCAGGAACUGCAACGAAUACUGGACCGACCGACUUUCAUCUGCUGAGUAGACAUCUGGAAGGGAGUGCUAUUUACAGUUACACUGGCUCAUUGACUACGCCGCCUUGCACGGAGCAGGUGCAAUGGUUUGUUAGCCAGCAGACUCUGCCACUCAGCAUUCGUGAUUACAAUGAAGCAAAGAGGGUGUUGAAGCUUAAUGCGAGGUAUACACAGAAUAAGCUCGGGGAGGAGAAUUUGUUGGCGUGA